GGUGCUGUAAUUGAUUGUAGUUCCGAGUCAUGUGUAUAAUUGAUCAACAAAUCCAUUCAAACCCCGUCUAUAAUCAACAUACUACGUGACAGUAUUAUUAGUAAGUUUAAAUGAGGGAAGAUGAUGGGAAUGUUGAACUAGACGAGGCCUUCAGAGACGCGUCAUUAUCCUUCAGAAGUCCUAUAUGUUUUAUUCAAGGCAAGUUCCAUCCACUCAGCCGGCAACUGAAAACGGCACAUUCUGUUGGAAGUUGAGUGAUGUUUACAGUCUGCAUUGCUAAUGCAGGCAGCUAUGCCCUUUCCCCGCUAAAUGGUCACUUGCGCCUGAGUCUUGAAAUUCGUCCUGAGAAGCUGCAGUCACAAAUAUGUUCGUCUUUUGAAAGUCAUCCCACAUUCAGACUUCAUAAAACAGUACAUGCCUGUUCACUAGACUCAUCUAUGAUUUACCAUGUUCGAAAACUUGCGAAUCGGUUUUUUAGUGAGAAUAAUUCACAGUGACAUGAUAUGGGGUUUCCUUGAUACACGCAGCCUGAUCAGCUGUCUCUAAUUCCGUAUUCCUUUAGAGGAUGUUUACGUAAGAAGGCCAAGGCCGCAAAAAAUUAUUGGAAAAGAAGUCAACAAAACGCGCCUUUGGCAACCAUUGGAUAACCUACGCUGAUAUCCAGAGUGGAGAGUAGGAGAAGUUGUGUAAUGGUAAUUUAAUCUGAAGCUACAGAGUUCAUAUCCUCACUGAAGUAGAGAACCGGGGCGUACAGCGAGAAGGCAGCUGCAGGCCGAGAUGUCGGCGUUCCCGGGCUCAGACACGAGGCUGAAUACGACCAACAUCCUCAUACGCGAGGUUGCACCCGUGUCUAUGUUCAGUGAUAAUCAGCAGCUCGUGAAGACUAAUCCAAGCAAUGAAACUCCGCAAAAUAAAUUCACCGGAGUCAAGGAUACACUAAACUCUUUCAACCGGGAGCUGAACCCAAUCAUCAAAGUACUACAAGUGAGCGGCAUCAUCCCCAUUACGAAGACACCCAGAGGCAUGUGGGUGUUCAGCCCUCUCUCGCCCCUGAUGAUCUACUCCGUAUGUCUCUACUUCACGAUGCUUGUCAUCCUAUGGUUCACGACCGGGGUGCGACUCCAGGAACUCAUGGCCACACAUCGCCACUUCAAUGUCAUGUUCUUCGUCUUCAUGGCUGUCUCUUACUUCCUCAUUAUUCUGGCCAUCCCAGUCAUUAACUGGCCGGAAGCCAACAACAUCGCUCGCUACCUGUCCAGCUGGGCUCGAUUUCAGGAGAAGUACAGCAAAAUGACGGGUCGACCUCUGAGCCUGGGCCUGAGACGGAAAGUCUUCAUUAUCAUGUGCGUUCUGCCGGUCCUCAUCUUUAGCUUUGAAGUCAUCUACCAGCUGACGAACGGAGACGAUGUGUGGGUGGAUUGGUGGGUGGCCGUCAAGGAAUGGUACCUCGACGUGGUACGCUUCUAUGUGGUAACAUUUUGGCACCUCACGUGUGGGGCGCUGUCGUCAGCAGCCGGGAGCCUCUGGAGAAAUUUCCGGAAGGAAUGCGAAGAAUCUCCGAGAAGAGUCCUGCAGAUUAUCGACACUCACAGGGAGCUGUGGGUUCAAUUGAGCCGCUUGGUACGUCAGACCGGCUGCGCUAUGACGUAUACAUACGGUUUCUACAUUCUGUACAUGUUCCUCAGCCUGACUUUCUUCGUGUACCACACAAUGAGCAACCUGGCGCGCCAACUGCGGGCAGAUCAGGUACUAAUGGCGAUUGAAUGCUGUGUCAUGGAGUACACUCUGUACCUGAUCUGCAACGCAGCGAACAACGCCUCACGAGAUGUUGGGGACGAAAUACGAGAUGGGCUUCUGGAAGCUCGAUGGUCUUGUAACGACAAAGCUGUUCAGAAGGAGUUUGACAAGUUCCUUAAAACUAUGGACAUAUUUCCGCCUGUAGUCAGUCUUGGCGACUUCACCGUAAUCAACAGGACUCUAUUCAUAUCUCUCGGAACCAUGAUGACGACGUACCUCAUUGUGCUGCUGCAGUUCAACAUGUCGAGCUCCGACAGCCAGGGCUACAACAUCACCCUGCAGAUCUAGCGACACAAUCAUACCAACACGCAUCCAGAACGGGGAACUUGUGUCUCAAAUAUGAGUCAUGUAACUGAAAUACUUCAUAUAAACCAAAGUGAAUAUCAUCCACACUUCUAGGAAUUUAGUUUUUAAUACAAUUAACCAAAUUUUGACUUUGGGUCAGUGAUACUCCUUAUCCACCCGUUAACAAUAUACGUGUAUCCUCAUCAACAAUGUUGGCUGAAGCAGCUAAUUCCUCCGAAACGUUCGGUUCUAUCUGCUAACCUUACAUGGCAUUACAUUCAAGAUCUUUAUAAUCUGAGUCUGAGAUACCUGGCUUUAGAUUAUAAACGAUUAUAAACUUCAGACAAAAUUUUUUCGAGACAGACAGACGUCGAGAUCAUAGUCACAUUCGUUUACUCGACCUUGACAUGUCUCCAUAGAUAUUUCAUAACCCUACCGAUUUUCUCUCACAGGAAACAAGUGCUGCUAUCCUGAGGUCUAACAAGUGGUGUACCCACAGUAAUUAUUUUAACAGUAUAGUAUACUGCGUCACAUUACGUGACAUAACACACUACAAGUGACUGUGUUUUGAAUCGUUUAUCUUUAUUAAACGGCAGGUCCGUCUAAAUAGUUAUACUAUAUAAUGUUUGUAACAAAAUUAUAAACACGUAUUAUUUUCUUCUCCAAAAAUCACUACUGUUGUAUCCCCAUUCAAAUGUACACAGCACUAAAAUCCUUAAUUUUAUUAAAAUGAUAUCCUUGCGCGCAUAAUGUAUCUCCUUCUUUGUAAGUUUUACAACGUAGGGUAAGGUACUUCAAGUCAAAUUGGAACAAACAGCGUGCAGGGAGUGAGGAGAAAUUUAUGAUCUGUAUCGAUAAAUGAUCUUAGUAUUCACGGGCAUGUCGGAUUUGUUAUCCUUGUGAUUAUAAGUUGUAACUUUUCACCUCUUGAAUUUGUGUUAUCGUAUUCGUUUAAUUCCUUCUUCCCAACUAGCAAAUAUAUUUUCAAUUUUACAGUCUUAUCACUCGACAGUCCCAACACUCAAUGCCUUUAGCCUUAAAUAUGAAUUCAUUUUUCG